UGAUCCCCGGUGCUCGGGCAUAUGACGCUGGGCUGCUUCCUCUCUGCCCGGGGAGAGAGCAUGUGUGAGUGUGUGUGUGUGAGUGUGUGAGUGUGUGUGUGAUGUGUAAUGUGUGUCAGUGGGAGGCAAAUCCCGGCCGGCCGGCGGCUGCCUGAUGCGGGAAGACUCCUCGCUGGACCAGUCCUGGGCGCGCGCUGAGCCCGCCUGCGCCCCGGGCCGCUCUCAGGGCUAUAUGUUCCAGUGAUAACAACAACCCUUUGACCAUGACCUAAGGGUAGCAUGGACCCCAAACUCCAAGUGCCCAGAAACAAAAUGGGACCAAGAAAGGUAGACUAUCUUUUAAUUCUUUGAAGGGCAAAGUCCUCCUUGGUCCAGAAGAUGGGGAACAUUACAAUGGGCAAUUCCUCUAGCAACUGUACCAUUGACCACACCAUUCACCAGACUCUGGCUCCGGUGGUAUAUGUUUUGGUGUUGGUGGUGGGCUUCCCAGCCAACUGCCUCUCUCUCUACUAUGGCUACCUGCAGAUCAAGGCCAAGAAUGAAUUGGGGGUCUACCUCUGCAACCUGACCGUGGCUGACCUCCUCUACAUCUGCUCCCUACCCUUCUGGCUCCAAUAUGUUCUUCAGCAUGACAACUGGUCCCAUGGAGACCUGUCCUGUAAGAUCUGUGGCAUUCUCCUUUAUGAGAACAUUUACAUCAGUGUAGGCUUUCUCUGCUGCAUUUCCAUUGACAGGUACCUGGCUGUGGCCCAUCCUUUCCGCUUCCACCAGUUCCGCACUGUGAAGGCUGCUGUCGGGAUCAGCGUGGCAAUCUGGGUCAAGGAGCUCCUGGCCGGCGUCAUUUUCCUCAUGCAUAAUGAAGUCGUGGAGGAUGAGGACCAGCACCGGGUCUGUUUUGAGCAUUAUCCCAUCCAGCCGUGGCAGCGGCACAUCAAUUAUUACCGGUUCUCUAUGGGUUUCCUCUUUCCCAUUUGUCUGCUCUUCUUCUCCUACUGGGGCAUCCUACGGGCUGUGCGGAGAAGCCACGGCACUCAGAAGAACAGAAAAGACCAAAUACAAAGACUAGUAUUGAGUACCAUGAUUAUUUUUCUGGCCUGCUUUCUGCCUUACCAUGUCCUGCUGGUCGUGCGCAGCGUGUGGGAAGAUAGCUGUGAGUUUGCCAGGGGGAUCUUCAACAGCUACCACUUCUCCCUUCUCCUGACCAGUUUCAACUGUGUGGCCGACCCAGUGCUUUACUGUUUUGUGAGUGAGAACACCCACAGGGACUUGGCCAGGUUGCGCAGUUCUUGCAUUGGCUUCCUGACCUGCUCUGGGAUGAAAGGGUCUAAGGAGUCUUAUCCACUGAGCAGCCCAGAGGUCUCUGGGAAAAAUGAAUCCCGGAAGGAGGAGCCCGAUUUGCUAACUAAACUCCACCCACCGUGCCAGGUUGCUUCCUCUCCUGGAAUGGGAGGGACUAGCCAGGAAUGUUAGACAAGGCCAAGUCAUUCAGCUUAGAGGUACCAGUGCUGGGAUCUUGUGGGCUUGAGCUGUCUUCUCUCCAGAUGGGCCGCUGGCUUCAGUUCUAACACCUAUGUCCCCUACGAGCUCUCCUCCUGGAGAAAGCCUGAAAAUCGAGUGAAAAUAUGAGCCACAGACACAUGUAGGUCAGCCAGGUUCUCCAACCCCUGACCUCCAACCUCUGGUUGCUUUAGGAGAAUCCACUCAGACACACAUGCUGAGUGUGUGAAUAAACUCCAGGAGAUAACUGGGGGCUUGAGAUGUCAGCAGUGUUUUAGAAAGCUCAGGCUAUGACUGCCUCUCCAUCUUGUCUGGGAAGGGGAACGUGAAUUGCAGCUUGUAAGAUAUUUUCAAAGAAAAAGAAGUCGGGGUACAAGUAUAUAUUGAAAGGGGAACCAUGGGUUGGCAGAGGAUGGGGGCUGCUAUAAUAAAAGGAGUGAAAGGGGAUAUGGAAACAAGUUUUAUGAGAAGGUAUUAGUGUAUGUAUGUGUUUCCAAUGAGCCCUACCUAACUAGCCUGCCCAGGGUCUAAAUCUCCCAUAUUGCUGGCUCCUUUGGGUUCACCCAUUAGCACUUCAAAUUAAAAUGCACGUUUAUUAUUUGAGGCAAAGGGAGAGAUAAAAAGCUGUUAUCAUCCAUUGACUCUACUAGUUCACUGAAAAGAAUGAGGACAUUAUGAGAAAUGAGGACGUUAUGAUGAGGACAUUAUCAUGAGAAAGAGAGGUGGUCCCGAUGGCUGGUGGAAAGCAGGAAGUUCUUGGAUAUUAGGGGACAAAAUGAGGCUUCUGGGUUGGGAAGGCACGGAGAAGAGGAUGGAGGAAUUAAAAGCCCCCAAAUCCACUUCUUCCUGCUGAAAUUUUUACCAGGGUCUUUGAGCUGUGGGUAAGCUAAUACUAGGUAUCCCAUUGGAUGGAGGCCCAGGGCUUUCAGAAAGGGUGGGAGAAGUGGGCCAAAUGUACCACCCCAAUCUCUGUAUAUGAAAAAGAAGUCUCAGAGGGUAUUAGGGACCACUGUUAGGAAUAGAGAUUAGAUUCGUUCUGCUUAGCUCUGGAGGGCAGAACUAGGAACAAGAGGUAUAUAUCACAUGGGGGCAGAUUUAAAUUCAAUGUAAGGGGGAAAUUCCCAACAAUGAGAGCUUUCCUAAAGGGGAAUGGUCUUCCCAAAAAGGCGGUGAGCUCCCUGUCAGUGGAGAUGUUCAAACAGAGAUGGAUGACCCUUGCUAGGGGUGUUGCAGAGGGUUAGGGUUAGGGUCAGGUAUGGCCUCCGAGGUCCCUGUAAAAUCCCAGCCUGCCUGUUUUCAGUCUUAAUUCUCUUGUUUCUGAAUUCAGGUGCCUCCCUCAGCAUAUAUUUCAAAUUAGGUCUUACUAAACUCCAAGUAGAAAAGAGAGGACUACAGUCAGAAUGUGUGUUGGCUAUGGGUUCUCUCAAGGCAAACUACCCCAUAAAUCCCCCACUUUCAUCCACCUAAAGGCAGCAACAUGAGGAGAACAUAGGUGUGUUUACAAUUAAGAUGCCUGUGUUCUCACUGGCAACCAAACACCCGGAGAAUGGGAGCCGCAGAGAGGCAGGGCCCAGCCUGAGAUGGUGAUCUUAGAAUUGCUGUCCUAUGUCCAAAGAACAUCCUUAAUGGAAGCCACUAGGGGAGAGAGCUGAGGAGGGCCAUAGCUUGGUUGGCCUAGUUCUGUACCUCAUGUGGUGUCCAGCUGUGUGACAUUAGGCAAAUCUUCCCUUUCUCUGGACUUGAUCUCCCCCAUCUCUAGUGCCACCAUUCUGGCUCUCCUUGUCCAAUGGGAUGCCUCGGUGCUUCGUCUAAGUCAAAUUUCAAAUGGCUUCUUCUCUCCUCUAUCACCUUUGAAACCUCCCUUGGCAGGAGAGAGGAGGGUAGAAGGAAAAGGUUCCUUGUGCUAGCUACAACUUCCCUUCCCGUCAUUUCUCUCAUCACUUGGCAUUUUGACCUCUGUCUCUCCCCUCCUCUUUUCACAAUGGACAGCUGCCUAUUAAUGAGCAAAUAGUUAUCCCUUCUCCCUAAGCUAACCCUUUGGAUGCUGUUCAUUCUCUGUUAUCAGGGCACCUUCCACCGGGGCUCAGCCCCUACGCAUUCAAUGCCUUCAGUCUGCAUGACUGGCUUCCUGGGGUGGUCAGCAAAUUCAAUUUAACAGACAUUUGCUAAGCACCCACCCUCUGUAGAACCCUGUGGUAGGCCCUGGGGACCAUCCAAAGAUGAUAUAAAAUGAAGUCCCUGAUCUCAUGGAGCCUAUAGUCCAGUAGACCAUAGAUACAGAUUUAUAGAUAAGUAUGAUACACAGUAAUGCUGGAAAGUAAUCCCUAAUUGUUUACUGCCCUAGUGACCUUGGGCAUGUCACCUUGCUUAUUCCACUGGUCUUCAACUGUAACCUGAAGUAGUUGGACUACACGCUUUCUGAAGUUCCAUUCAGCUGUAGAUCUAGGAUUCUAUCUAAGGUCCCUCUUACUUUAGCAUUCUAGGAAUCUGUAAUCUGCAUUAGAGGGAUGCAAACCAAGGGCUACAUGAGGUAGGGAGUAGAAGGGGCAGUUCAUGUGUGUAGUGAAAGCUUGGAGGAACCCAGGAAGGCUUCUAGGGAGGUGUCAUGACAGUUGAGAUUUAAGGGAUAGGUGGUAAUUAUUAGGCUACAUUGUUCCCUUGUUUGCUAUGCACAAGAUUUGCACCACAGUCUCUCUGGCUCUUAACUGCUCCCUCCCUUCUUUGACAUUUAAAAAGUUCUAGGAUUCUGUCAUAGAGAUAUCAUGACAGCCAUCUUGGCAUAGUAGAUAAAGGGCCAAGCCAGAUUCAGGUCCUGCCUCUGACAAUUACUGUGUGACCCUGGGCAAGUCACUUAACUUCUCAGUGACCCAGGUAACUCUCUUAAGAUUAUAAGUUGUGGGGGCAGCUAGGUGGCACAGUGGAUAAAGCACUGGCCCUGGAUU